CCAAGUUGAAGAGAUCGGGAUCGCGAUCACAUGCAAAGCAAUCGCAGGUUGCAUAUCCCAAUUGAAUCAAUUGCAUAGCUCUAAUUCGCUGUACAGGACGGGCAGGGACGAGUUAUGCUGCGUCAUAGCUGUAGGGGACCCGCUAGCGCAUCUUGGAAUCCCUGGAAUCCCGGCUCCAGCUUUCUUUUGAGCCGAGAAACAACAUGUGCCACUUGCCGAGGCCGACAAAAAGAAACGUCAGCUUUAUUCCAUCUUUCCAGCCUCCACGGGAAAAUGCCUUCCUUCCAUUCCAUACGAAAAUCGUAGUAUCUAUCAUCUUUCGGCAGAUUCGAUCAAUCCCUACAUAACAUAACAUCAAUGAUCCGGUAACAUCCCCGAACUACCCAAUUCCCGACAACGUCGCUCUCCUCGCGACGUAAAUCGACCUCACCCGCCCCUUUCCACACUCCCAUCUCAACCGGCUUCCUCAACCCACCCCCAAAAAUGUCCUCCCCAAUCCUCCCCCCCGAGCCCACAGCCCUCGAAAGCGCCAAAGCAGCGCUGGAGCGCAUAAUUCUAAACCCAGCGUACCACGACGUCCUCGCGAUCCUCAAAGCCGCGCGCAACGGCGCCGUCUACGGGGCCAAAGUGCGGUUCCCGCACGCCCUGGUAAUGGUGUUCCUCUUCCGGCCGGGCACGCUCGCGGAAAAGACGUCCCUCGUGAUCCGCGCGACGCGCACGCACGCGCAGAACCUGGCGCGCUUCGCCGUGAUAUACAAGCUCGUGUGCUAUGUGCUGAAGAACUGGGGCGCGAGUCCGGGGAAAGAAGGGAAAUACGACACCAUGCUCGCGGGACUGGUAGGCGGGUACGCGGUGUUCGGCGGGAGGGGAAAGCGCAGCGGCAAGAUAUCGAGCGUGAACCAGCAGAUCGUGGUGUACGUGUUCGCGCGCGUGAUCCUAGCGCUAGCGCGGUUGGCCGUAAAGCCCGCGUCUGCGGAUGGGUUUGCGGGCGGUCUGCCGUUUUUAUCGCGGCCUGAUGUCUCGGAGCUGAUAUCGUACUAUGCGUGGCCGGUGUUCGCAGCGACGUCGUGGGGCGCGGUUAUGCAUAUCUUCCGCUACCAUCCCGAGGAGUUGCAGCCGUCGCUUAGGAGUAGUAUGACGUAUAUUUACCAGCAGUCGGAUACGUGGGAUGGGUUGAGGAAUUUUAUGUGGCAUAAUAAAUAGUUGGCUGGUAAUUGCCAACUAAGCUGUCAAGGUUGGAGUAAGAAUGGGGAGGUGGUUGAGUUGGGACUGGCUGUGAGAAGCGCACGGCUGUGGUAUCACGAUGUAUAAUGGCGUUCUGCGGUGAUUUCAUGGCUUUUCGGGGGUUAGAUACACAAUAUUGCGCUGAGAUGUAUAGUUCAUGCAUUUUUGGACGGGCGGCAAAUAUACCGGCUCGUAUAUACAGAGCAGGUGCUGUGGUAGGCAGGUAGACGGUCAUAUUCUACAUAUUUUGUAGGUGAUAGAGUGGACUGGGUGCAAUAUUAUACACGCUCGAGUAGGUGCAUUCCAUCACCCAUUAGUAUUUCAAAGAAAAUAACUACCUA